AUGACAAUUUCUCAGGCGAUCUUGCUGCUUGUCCUCUCCAUCAGCUGUCCUGCGCAUGCUGCUGUCGUCUCGCAGUCUGGGAUGAAGUACACAGUCGCAGAGACGGCUCAGCUUCAGAUGGAAGGAGGCGCGUCAGACCUCAAAGCGACAGACCUCAAGAUCUACUGGGGGUCACUGGGAGCUUGGAGCGAAGGGAGUGACAUUCUUGCAUCGGAUACCGUCAUCGAAGUUUAUCUCCCGCGCUUUUCAGGAGGAUCAAACCUCUUCGGCGCAUACAGAUCUGGCAGCGCAGAGACAAGCGUCAUGUGGAUGAAGCAAGGUCAAGUCGUCACCAUAUCUGAGAGCGUGUCCAAGCCAUGGGCUGCAGGUCUCCCUGUGUCAAGCCAGUCUUCGCUCGAGGCUGGUCCGGGAGUGGGAGGAUGCUUUGGGAUCACCCAGGACCUUUCGUCGAACGCUUUCGAUCUCAAGCAGCUCCAAGCAAACUCCUUCUCCAUGUGUCAUUGGGACUCACAGAAAGAGACGCUCCGUCUCCUCAUGUCCUCAUCCCAGCCCAUCACAGGCGUGUACAUCAGCAAGGUCUCCUUGUAUCAGAACUAUGACGUUCACGGCAAGCAGAACGGGCUGGGCCCUCUCCCGCCCAUCGGAGGGAUAGACGAGCACUGGUAUCAGCUAGCGAAUGUGGCCGUGUAUCAGGCAUCUGGAUCUUCACGAGGCUGUGCGGUGAGGGCGAUCAGUGACUUUCCGUCGACGCCUUGCACUAGCGAUCUCCUGGUGUAUCAAGUUCCCUUCGACCAGUAUCGCUCAGUGAGGUUUGGUACGGACCUGCCUCCCAUCCCUACCAGGAAAGGAGCAGGAGCCGUCGGCACCGUAGCUCCUCCAGCCUUCGUCUAUGCGGCAGCGUCAGGCAACAACGAUGGGCCCAAUCAAGCUGUCUGCAUCACCGUCACUCUGAUCAGCUCGGCCACCCUCUACUCGGCUGGCGUCAAUCCCACCACCAUCACUCUCACCGGACUGACGGGAGCCUCUACCACCAGUCAGCCCGUGCGGCUCUUUCAGAACAAGUGUCAAUGCCAAGGCUCAAGCCCCGUGCAGGACUUGAUGCCUGCGAGGUUUCGAACGUCCACCACCGCCAACACCGUCGGCUCAGCAGACUUCAAGGCUGACGGGACCCUGACCUUUCAGCUCAUACCCGGGCAUUACAUCCAAGCUGGAGAGGUGCUGACCUUCUCCUUCAGUCUUGUGACGGGUGGCAACCCUCAGUCGUCUCGAGACCUCAAAGUGUCAAUGUCCGGGCAGGCGUGUCUGACCAAUGACUUCUGUACGCUACCCAAGUCUGUAGCGAUCACGGUUGCGCCGACCUCGUUUGACUCGUCGUCGAGGAUCUUGGAGGUGGUGGGCAAGAAGCUGAGGGUGUCGAUGUUUCAAAGCUCAAGCGACCCUGGCUCACUGACCAACCUCUUUGUGACGCUCCGGCCCAACUUCAACGUCGAGGUAGGGUCGGUCAUCAGCAUUCAGGGCCUCUGUGGCUCCCAGAGCAACUCAGCCUAUGUCUCUCUAGUCAGCAACAGGCUCAACGGCGGGACGCCGCUGACCGACACAUGUACUGGAAACCCGAGCGAGGUCGACCUUGCCGACUACUGGCCAGGCUCAAGGCUGGACUGGAGUGGCGGGGGACCUCUCAAGAUCACUGUGGCGAGCAGCUUGAGUCUCGUUGCUCGCGGUACUUACGCUCUGUCAUGGACUUGGCGGAACCUGGACUUGGCUCACCCGGCGUGCUCGAUGACUGUCAGUAUGCAGAAAGGAGGAGACGUGGUGAGCGCGGAGGCUGUGGAGAACAUCGGCAACACAGUCGGCACGGUGCUGAGUCCUGGGUUUAUCAAGUACAAGAUCGGACAAUCGACUACCCGUCCUGACGUUGCCAACUACAUCUGCGUGACGCUGAGAAGCAACUUUCGUGUCUCCACGCUCUCCAACACCCAAGGUCAGAACAACCUGGCCCAGAUUACUAUCUCAGGCCUACAGGGAUCUCAAACGACAACCGCGCUGUUCGUGAAGGCUUGUCCGUCAUACGACUGGAGCUUGAUGCAGCUACAGCCCGAGUCUGAUCCGCCAACAGCUCACUUCAUCGACCAGAUUACGGGAGGUACACUCCAUCAUACGACAAGCUGGUCGUCUGGAUCAGCCGUCCUGACCGUCAACCAGGACGAUGUUGCGAGUCAGAUGUACUACUCGAUCCCUCAGCAGCAGGACAUUGUGUUCGCUCUCAGGCUGAAGAACCCCAAGGUCUCCAACCCUUGUCAAUCAGUGACCAUGAGCUUCUCUGGUGUUGGCCCUGGCAACCGCUUGGUCACGCAGACGGUCAACAUGGUGCAGAACCGUGUCGAUAGAGCCCUCGAGGACGGUGAGACAGACGGAGACGUGUGCGUGCUCAAGACGUACGAUUACAGCUUCCUGACUCGAGUUAUCGCCCAGUCAACCUCGGUCGUGCAGGAGAAGAACGUCAUUACCGUCACCUUGAGGUCUAACAUGGACCUGUUGAGCUCCGUCUACAGUCCUCAGAUCACCAUCUCUGGUCUCACAGGAGCCGACACAGCCGUGACGUCCUUGUCUGCUGCUGCCAUCACAGACCAGUACUUCCCCAACAUCCAGAAGUCGAGCUGGGACAAAGCACGAGGAGUGCUCGUAGUCACUCUUGCUCCAGGAGCUUGCCAGCUGCCUGUCAAGGGUCGACCGUCUAAUUGCAUGCAUGCUGGCUGGACAUAUGCAUGGAGUUACACCUUGACGAAUGGCGUGACGGAGCAGGCCAGCCCUUCUGUCUCCGUGUCAUGUCAGUUUGCUGAGAACAAGCUGUCGAGCCCACAGCUUAUGGCGUCACCGAUGCGCAAAGACUUGCACGCUCUCUACUUGACGAGGCAGCUGCUCAACAAGUAUGACAUCGGGCAGUUGAGUCCGGCUCCUGGAGCUGUCAACCCUGUUUGCAUUACCUUGAGACCCAGCAAGUCUAUCAAUGCGCCGACGACCUUCACUCUGACGGGCUUGGACAUGUUCUCUUCCGGUACCAAAGUAGCCUUGUACGAUGAGUAUGGGGUAUCGCCUCUUACCAGCGGGCUGUUCCAGACAGUUGGGGCUAGCCCGCAAGACAACUACGCGACGUAUGACAAGUCAACGAUACAGUUUCAGCUGGGCCCGUCACAGUCGCUGCAGCAGAACUCCAAGUACAAGUUUUGUUUCCAGCUCACCAACGUCAAGACAGGACAAGCGACCUGCCCUCAGGUCUCGCUGACAGUAGAUUCACCGUCUGCACCUGCCGUGUACCGAGGAGCUCAGUCGUAUCUCUGCAACAAUGAUGUGACCAGGAAGGUAGCCGGCUACACGUCUGAGCCGUCAGGGUGUGCGGGCUACAUCUCAGAUCGCAAGUUCAUAUCGUCCAACAUCAGGUCGGGAUCGAAUGUGACAGGCAGCACAGUCUGGUUGACGAUGGAGCUACAGCCUAACUAUCCUCUCACCUCGGGUCAGACUAUCACAGUCGGAUCGUUUGUCAGCAUGAAGAACGCUGGAUCAUCGGACAUCCCAUGUACGAUAGCUAGGAACGGCCAGGUUGUCAAUGCCGCUACCAACAAGCAUCGCGCCAACGGGAUAGCGCCUGCGGCUGUGUUCAACAGCGUAUGCAAGUACCUCGACAACACGAUACAGAUCUCGUACACCGGGGCGUCAACGCAGUACUCAUCUUCCGUCUACGACCCGUUCUACAACGUCAAUGCUCGCCGAUCCAAGGGCCUGUACAAGGUGGAGGUCACAGCGGGAGGGUCGGGGUAUCAGUAUGCUAGUGUGAUCAUAUGCGACGUUACGCCUGGAGCUGAGUUCUGGACGAAGCCGACAUGCACAGCUGCUGGGGUAGUGUUUGCUGCCGGCAGCUCUGCCUCAGCAGCCGCGACCGUGAUCUCCGGUGCCGUCACGUCCAUCAGCCUGACAGCGCCUGGCUCAGGCUACACGAUGCGUCCUCGAGUCUUGAUCGUCGACCCCUCGGGCUCCGGGAGCGGCGCGCAAGCAGAAGCGAUCGUCUACGAUCACUCUAUCUACACAGUCCAGCUGCAGCUGGUCAACCAGGGCACUGCCGCCAGCGCUCAAGCUCUGACGGUCACGUCGGGUUUAUCAUUUGUGUCUGCGACGCUAGACAGUGGUUACGAGGUCCGAGCAAAGUCCAGCAUGCAGCUCCAGGAGCAGCCCAGCAGAGAUGUCGUGUUCACGGUCACUCCCGAGCAUAACCUCUACGAAGGCGACACGCUCCUCGUCAACCUGCCUGCCUACGACGUUGUCACGGGUCCCAUCUUCGGCGUGACGUCGUCGCCCAACCCGGCCUUCACCACCUUCACCACGCAGCUGGAGUGGGAGCUCAACUACUACCAGGAAGAUCGCGCUCGAGCAUACAUCAGCAACGGCUGGGUGGCGGACGGGAACAGGCAUCGGUCAGGAGACGGAGACGUGGACGGCUUGUUUGUGCUGUCGCGGGAUGACGAUGGCUACAACAAGAACAAGGACUUGUGCUGGAGCCGCGUGUCCUGCCCGUGGGGCCUUCCGGACAGCGACAUCACCUUCGGGGGUCCAUCGAAGACGCUGGUGCUGACCAAGGUGACCAACGGAGCCUCGUCGUCGUUAGGGUACACGCAGGACAUCUGCUACAGGAACACCAGCGUCAACCUCCUUCAACCGUCGGACUAUGUCGGCAUGCAGCUCAAGUGCCGCAACAAUCAGCACACGGUGACAGCCGGCGGUCAGGUCACAAGCGUGCGAGUGCGGCACGGGGGCCUUGUGGUCAUCAGCGGGAGAUACUCGGAGAGCUCGGGAGUAUCAGGAGCCGCGCCGACGUUUGUGGCAUCUGGCGCGACCGAUCAGGCAACAGGGACGCUGCUGUACCAGGUGGUGGGAGUCCAGUACGUGUCAGGCAGCUUGUUGGCAGCUGGUGACACGAUCGUCUUCGAUGCUACCUACCAAGUCCUGCCGGCGAAUGCUACCAUCUCUUCUCUCUACAGCACCAGCCCAGCUGUGCAUGUCACUGCCCCCGGGCUGUACUCCGGAUAUCCGUAUGCGACCGUGUCCGGGAAGAACACCCAGCUGCGAGUGCUUGUCUCUGUGGCGAGUGCCAGCCUCACGUCUCAAGGCAGCGGAUACACGUCCAUCCCCACCAUCACCACCUCGCUCAAGCCAAGUGUCGGCCUGCCCUCGACAGUCCAGCAGCUUGAGCUUCCAGUGUUUGACGUCUCCUUGACCAACGUGACGAGCACCGUUGUCACCCAGUCUAUCCUCGACUACAACCCAGCUAGACAAUGCUUUGUGGUGGCGGAAGAGUUUCCGACUUCCUUCUUGAGCGACUGUCAGGUCGUGCCCAAGGAGCAGGUCGGUCGGUACACCGGCAUGACAGCGAUGAUCGGGUCCAGCGAGUACGUCAUCAAGCAGGGAGCAGGCGGCGUCUACUGGGUGGCAGACCUCAAGGGCAACAAGCCUAGAAGCAUCGACCUGGCCAACAAGCCCUACACCAUCUACACGCAGCUGCAGCUGCAGGUGGCGAAGGGCAAGUGGAUCCGACAGGGCGAGAGCGUCAGCAUCAGCAUCCCCGGCUACCGGUUCAAGUCGGUCCCCAGCAACCCCAACGCGUUCGUCACUCCCUCUACAGAUGACGCCUCCAAGACCAUCCGAGAGAGGACGAGGUUUCAGUUCGCGACGCCCGUCAGCUUUCGCAACGUCAGGCUAGCGGGCUCUGCUGCUUCGCGGAUGCUUGUGCUCGGCGGUGCCAUGUCGUCAGGCGACACCUGCACCAUCCAGGGAAGCGACAUCGAGAGACCCCAGGCGUCCGACGGGGUGACGGUCAACCAUGCUGAGACCAUGACAAGCGUCGGAGGGAGCGUGCCUGUGUUUGCUCCUCCUUCUACUUGGGGUACGGGCUAUCUCCGACCCGGGAGGUUCUACGGCACCUGCACCUCUGGCAGGAGCUUGUCGGGCGUGUUCAUGCUCGAGGGGCAGAGGUCAGGCAUCGAGCGGAUCGAGAUCGUGACUCCAGGAACAAGCUGCAGCGCCAACGUCCAGGUCACCAUCUCCAGUCCCGACAAGGACGGGGUGACUGAUGGGCUGACCAACACCCCGGUCUGUUCGUCCGACAGCUCUCUAUGCUCUCAGGCUAUGGCAAUCGCGACUGUCAGCAGAGGGUCCAUCACCAGCAUCUCCCUCACCAGCGCGGGCAGAGGGUACUUCUUCCCGCCUACCGUGACGCUUACGAACCUCAACUCAAACACGCCUUGUGACGCCUUUGCCAUAGCGCACUUGUCUCACAACUUCACCUCUCGUCUGCGGGUGACAGCAGACUCCAACCUGAUGAUGUACCACCCCCAGCGAGAUCACUUCGACUCCCUUACUGGCCUGCACUCGACCGUCUUCCCCGCGGUCGCUCUCUACAAGCGAUAUGAUGCGAGGAAGUCCAACGCUGAGGUCGGAACAGGAUACGUGGCUGCGAUAGUCGUGACGUCUCUACCGUCGUCGUCUUGCACAGGACCCAUCACCAUCGAGCCUCCGCCCUCGGGCAGGACCGCGAGGGCUCAAACAGCUGCCAACGGCGGCGUCACCUCGAUCGAGGUCAUCGACGGAGGGUCCGGGUACGAGUAUCCGCCAGCUGUGACCCUGCCGUGCACAGACGGCAGCGCCCGGGCGAUCCUAGGCUUCGCGACCUCAGACGUUCACAUGGCCGGCUCGAGAGCCUCUUCGUACACUGGCAUGCAGUCGGCGCUGCUGACGUCAUCGUCGAAGGCUCCCGCCUUCCACUCUACCAUGGACUCGCCGGUGGUGGUCGGCUUCAACAAGGCUUGCAGCACUGCAGUCACGCAGACGAUGCUGAGGGCAGGCGGCUCGUGGAACAGCUCUCGAGUCACAGCAGUGACGGUCCCCCAGCAGGGGGUGUCGGGGUUUGCGUUCGGGUUCACAAGCGUGAAGAUAAGCCCGUCAGCUAUCAACGCCAAAGGUCUGGUCGACGCUCAUGCCAACGCCGUGGCGGUCCCCACCUGGUCCUUUCCUGUCUCGGGGUCGAGGCUUGUAAGCGGUGAGGAUGGGGUAGUGCACUACAACGGGCCUACGACCGUGACUAAUCUCUUCAGCUGCGAUGGGUCGGUGCUGGUGUUCAGCUCUCCGCAGCGGCCAGGAGGGCAGGUGCUCAAGAUCAAAGUCUCCCAAGCUGCGGGCGCGAGCCUUCCGAGCUACGAGAUCGUACAGCAGGGUCAAGGGUACGCCAACAUCCCCAUCGUUGUCGACAUGGAGUUUAGCGUCAGAGGGGCGGUCAAGAGCUACCGACAAGACUUUGCGGACCUCAGCAGCAGCCAGCAGACGCUCUGCAAGCCUUCCUUCUUCUCGCUCAACACGGCGUACCAGGGCACCAACGUCUACUCGGGCUUCGUCAUAGCCUCAGGCACUGUGGCACAGCAGACAGGCCUGACUCUCGACGGAGCUCUCAUCACCCACGAGGGAUACGGAUACCAGAGCUCGGGCUCCAGACCCAUCGCGACCUUCAGCUGCAGCGGAUGCUCCAGCAGCGCCUGUGCUGACAAGAACGCCAACUCCAUCGCCAACCAGGUGUGCACUGCCUCAGAGCUUCAGGUGGAGGCAACGGUGAGCGGAGAGUGCUCGGGCUCGUGCGAGCAGUCGGUAGCGAGCAGCGCCUUCUUCUCGCCCAGCAACCGCGACGGGCUGCAAGUCUGCUCGCCGGCGGACGGAGCAGCAGGAGACUACAGGACGCGCAAGACGCUGCAGAUGCGCGUGUCGAGCGGGCCGUCGGCGUACUCCUCCAGCAACGUCUACACGGCAAGACGCAGCCAGGGCUUCCAAGGCCCGCGAGGCUCCUUGAUCUUCAAGAUCACAGGCAACGAGACGUUCGCGUCCGCCUCGCUCUGUCAGCCCCCGCGCGUCCUCGUGGAGCCUCCCCCCUCAGGCGGAGUGCAGGCAGAGGUCUUGCUCGACUACAUCGACACCAGCGCGGACCCCUACACCAACGGCCCGUCUGCGAGCUCGACAGCAGCCAGCAAGGGCUUCGCUGCCGACGCUGCUCCCUACCAGUACGUGCUCAAAGUCAUCAACGCAGGAUCCGGCUACUUGACCGCUCCGAGCAUCAAGCUCGUUUCCUCGUCUGGGUCGCUGCCGGCAUGCCCAGCUCCCACUCUCGGCGCUUACCCGAGAAGUGGGAUGGUCGCGUCUCGGGUCGAGCUCGUGAGGAACGUCUCGCUGCCAGAGCUCAACCAGGGGGCCGCAAACGUCCAGCCGACUUGCAGCAGCGGGUCGUUUGUUGUCAAGUCUCUCUGCCCGGGCUCCAAACUCUGCACCAGCGCCUACUCGCAAGCAGAGCUCAACCCGCUGCCUUCCUGCUCAGGCUCCUCGCAGUGCAGCGCAUGUGCUACGUUCCCUUGCUCCGCCCGCACCUGCGCGGCCGACAACUGUCCCUCCUACCUGUCGACAGUGCUUGAUGCCUCGCUGUCGAGCGUGGUCGCUGAUGAGGCGCUGGCAGCCAUCGGGUGGGAUGCUCGGACCCAGCAGCCAGUCCUGCUCAACGCGGGCUUCGGCUUCUCUCCCAGCACGCCUAACCCGCUGAGGCUCGAGUUUCCUUCGGAUGCCGGACAAGCGUAUCCGUGCGCGGAGAUUCUACUCUAUUUCACCGACAGCCCCAGCUCAGACGCCCUUCAGCCGGGCCCUCUCUACUGGCCGGGCGACUUGUCCUUCGAUCAGAGCUCUGUCCGCAACCUGGCGGGCCAGGUUACCGGAGUGGACUAUCUGUUCAGACCCGGCUUCAUCAACGCAGUCUACGGCUCGUUCAGCAACUUCCCUGUCACGACUCUUGUGGCUCUCAGAGACCAGGCGGCUCGUCGGCUCCUGCAGAGCUCCAGGUCGGCUGUGCUGGAGGUGCAAUCAGUGUCGGGCUUCAAGGUGGGCGACUAUAUCCGACUCGUAGAUGAAGUCCUGCUCGUGGACGCGAUCAGCGUCCAGCAGAGCACUCUCACGGUCACUCGAGGCGCGCUGAACUCCAGCAUAGCCUCGACCUUCGCCGCAGGCACCGUUGUCAGGACCUUCAACCCGGGCUCCGUGCUGCUCAAGAGCGUCGCAAGGGACGCGACCAGCAUUGACGUGUCGAACGCCGGCAAGUUCACGUCGGGCAGAUACAUCCAGGUAGAGAAGGAGGUCAUGUACGUCACUGCCGUAGGAGCCUCGUCGCUGACUGUCCUACGAGCACAAGGAGGGACGAUCGCAAGUAGUCACGUGGCGUACAAGGCGGUGGGCUACGUCCUUCUUUUGCAACAGUAUCCCAUUGUUCUAUUGGAAGCCGUGACAGCCAGUCAAACCACCUUCUCUGUGUCAGACGCGAGCCUCCUCUACCUGGGGGCCUUCAUCCAGGUGCUGGGCGAGACCAUGACAGUCACUUCGAUAUCCGGCAAUACACUUACCGUCAAGCGAGCGCAGGUAGGAACAUCUGCGUCAUCGUACCCGACGGGAGUGCUGGUGAAGCUAACAAUGAGAUCAGCAAGCACCACCCCUUUUGACUCGAGUGAAAUCCCUUCCAUCUACAGAUCGAAUAUGAUAUUGUUGGAAGAUCUCACAUCUCAAGACACUGUUCUACGUGUCAUGGACCCAGUGAAGGAUACACAGUCGUCAGGCUUUCAACCAGGCGACUAUCUGCUGAUAUAUGAUUACUAUCUUUCCAAUUUUGAGGCGAUGUUGGUGUUGAGCACUGAGACGGCUAACGUAUCGCAGCAUCUCUAUCAGAACCUGACGGUUGAAAGAGCUCAAUUCCAGUCGAACAAGGGUCAAUCCACAUUUUAUACAGGAGUAUCUGUGAAUCUUCUAUUCAACCCUCGCGUCCUCGAGCACGAUAUCAGUUCGACCGCAACGAACGCGAACUUCUCCAACACUUACGGACUUCAAGCUGGAGAUCUCUUGUGGGCCAUCAACUAUGAUAGCCAAGCCGGAAUGGAGUACAUAGAUGUGAUGGAGUAUCAGUCUGACGGCAGUGUGCGUCGAGAAUUGAUCCCUAAGUGGCUUGGGAAUCCACAGGCACGCAGCGUCUCAGCUGGAGCGCUUGUGCAGACCAUUGCUCAGCCAGCUUACCUCAACCCUCCGUAUUGCACUGGUGCUAGUGGUUUAGAGCUGACCAUGACAAGGACUUCAGACUUUGUAGUUGGAGACAUCGUGAAUGGUUGGGGCACAAUUUUCAAAAUUACAGGAAUCAAUGCAGGUAUCAUCACCGUAGAACUUGUAAUACCUGAUGUACCUGAUCAUCAAAGUCCAUCUUGCGGUUCAGGUUAUAAAGAUUACCUUGUGAAAACUGAAGGUCUGAGGCGCCUCAACUCGACUUAUGAAAUGACUGAUCUAUGGGCUACCUAUACCAUAUACUUGUCCACUCAAGUCUCGGACUUCUAUUCCCCUGGAGACUUCGUGUAUAUCAUUGAUGUGGAAACUAAGACAUAUGGAGUGUUUCAAGUGCAGGUCGUCGGAAAUUACUAUCUUGAUGUGACUCUAUUCACUUCUUCUUGGAUUCAAUUUCAAUUCAAAAAAGACACAUCAGCCCUGUACAAGUACGAGAGGUUUGACGUCAUCAACGGUACCGCACUAUCUCCCGGUGACAGCGUCUUGUUCUCGUGGUAUAACGGCAAUCAAGAAGGCGGGACGGCACAAGUCAUCUCAUCCUCUGAGAACGAAGUCCGCCUCAAGUUCACGUCAGGAGGAUAUAGCCCAAACUUAGGUGAAGGUGAUUCUUACUUGUAUGACGUGUACGACACCUUUCAGCUGCUACCAGUCUCCAAGAAGAGCUACGCCAGGUCAAAGCUUGCUCUAGACAUUGACUCGACGGUUACGCGCAUCAUCCUCUUCGACGCCUCCGGGUUCCGAGCCGGCGACAGCUUCGUAAUCGACAACGAGAUUAUGAGGAUAGACAACAUCAACGGCAACCUCCUCCAAGUCUCUCGAGCUCAAGCAGGCACUGAUCCUGCCCCUCACAAGCUCGCAGCAUCAGUCACAUGGACUUCUCCUACCCCAACGACAUCAUCGCAAACGUCUUCUGUGACUCUUAUGACCCGACGCAGCGACCAACUGAGGUACAUCUCCCAGCUGGGCUCCAUCGCCCUUCCCAGUUCGAUCCUGCAGGCCCCUAGCAGCUACCAAGACGUCUGGGCACAGCUCGACGAGGAGAUCAUCAUGAUCCGGCAGCCCGCCUCAGGCACCGUCCCCGCGGAUGAUCGCAGACUGAGAGGAACGUCGGCGGCUGCUCACGUGACCAACACGCCCUACAACAUCCCCAACGCCUUCUUCUCCUGGCAGCUCAACGUCAGGUCAAGUCUGCUGGGCUCGUCGGGCUUCACAGCUCUGCCUGUGUACAGCAUGAACGCGGCUGGAGUGAUCGCAGUGUCUGGCGUCCACGUGCUGUCGGGAGGAGCCGGGGUGACAAGUCGGCCAUCCUUCCAGCUGAGUCUCAACAGGUUCAUUGACAACAAUGCGCAAGGAGAGGCGGUCGGAGGAGCGACUUACUCCUACCGCCCUCUGGUCCAGCAGACUUACCUCGGGGUCGACCUGACGGACAAGUUCACACAGAGGUUGAUCAGAGCCAACCUCAACUACCCCGUGACGUACCAGCCUUGGAGGUUCCCAGCAGACCCUCUCUACUUCCAGGACAGGAUGGACGGGUAUGACCCGAGCUCAGACAGCUCACUGCUGUCUCCUACCAACGGCUCCAACGCCAUCAACGCCAGCUCUCCGAUCCCUCACGAGCCAGGCUCGCCCGUGUUCGUGCUGGACUCCUUCGGUCAGAUAUUGGGCGAUCAGGCUGUACCCCAGCAGAGCCUGUCGGUGUCAGAUGGCGGCGCGUACUCCUACUCCAUCACCAGCCGACCGUCCGUGCUGGACUCUACCUGGAGCAGCCCGGCCCUGCUCAUCGUGUCGACGUCGUCAGCUACUACAGCCGACAUGUACCUCAACGACACCAUUGCGGGCUCCUACUCCAACGGUCAGAAGACUGCUCUGCUAUCUGCCAGCAGCAGGAUGUUUGCAUGGAAGACAGACCCGCGCAAGCUUGCCGUGCUCGUUGGGGCCUCGUCAGCAGCGUCCACACCAGCGAGCGCGAGCUCGUCGACGACUCCAGCAGGAGGUCAGAACAUCGGAGCCAUCAUCGGAGGCGUCAUCGGGGGCGUGGUAGGAGCAGCUCUGCUCGGCCUGCUCGCCUACAAGCUCCUCGCGCCGAAGCUCGCAGGCAAGAAGGUACAAGAGGAGAUGGGGCCUGUCUACCUGCCUCAGCCCUACUCAGCCGCUGCUCCCAUGCCGGUUAAUGUUGCAACGUACGGCCAGCAGCCCAUGGCUUACGGCAUGUCCGACAAGUACUAUGUGAAAGAAGCAAGGAGAAUGCAAAGUAAGGUAAAGCAAUCUAGAAGAAAUCAGAUCUGA